AGUAGCUUUCAAUGGCCAGCACCACAAAGGCUUAAGGAGAGAGAGAGAGAUCCAUCCAUCGCUUCCAUUGGCUUGUCACGAAGCUACGGCAAUCCAUCUACAUUACAUUUGAGGGGGAAUACCCAGAAAGUAGACUACUUCUUGGAUUAAAAAAUAUAAAUUUGAUUUUGAAAUCAUCAAAACACAAAAUCUAUAAUGGAAGAAGAUCUGGAUGAGGGGCAGAGCCAGAAAGGAUGCCUGGAGUGCUGUCUGAAAUGCCUGGGUGGUAUCCCAUACCCAUCCCUGAUAGCCACCAUCCUGCUGUAUGCUGGAGUGGCCCUGUUCUGUGGCUGUGGACACGAGGCUCUCACUGGCACAGUCACCAUCCUGCAGAACUACUUUGAGGUGGUGAGGAGCCCUGUGGAGGCACUCGACGUCUUCACCAUGAUUGACAUAAUUAAGUACGUGAUCUACGGUAUUGCUUCAGCAUUCUUCGUCUAUGGCAUCCUGCUGAUGGUGGAGGGCUUCUUCACCAGCGGCGCCAUCAAAGACCUGUAUGGAGACUUCAAGAUCACCACCUGCGGACGCUGCGUUAGUGCCUGGUUCAUCAUGCUGACGUACAUCUUCAUGCUGGCCUGGCUUGGGGUCACAGCCUUUACCUCCAUCCCAGUCUUCAUCUACUUCAACAUCUGGAACAUUUGCCAGAACGCCACGUCUCUGGAGGGGGCCAGCCUGUGCUUAGACCCGCGCCAGUACGGUAUCGUUCCCAUCGCUGAGGCCAAAACUGUGUGCGCUGGAUCUGAGAAAUUCUACAGGAUGUGCGAGUCCAACGAGCUGGACAUGACAUUCCACCUGUUCAUCUGUGCGCUGGCUGGGGCCGGAGCUGCUGUCAUCGCUAUGAUCCAUUACCUGAUGGUGCUGUCGGCUAACUGGGCAUAUGUGAAGGAUGCGUGUCGGAUGCAGAAGUAUGAGGACAUCAAGUCAAAAGAAGAGCAGGAGCUGCACGACAUCCACUCCACACGCUCCAAAGAACGCCUCAACGCCUACACAUAAGGCCCAGGCCCCGCCCCUGUCCCCUCUCUCUCUCUGUUUCUCUCUGAAGCCCCGCCCUCCUGAUGGGGCUGCCUCUGCCGCCGCCCCGGGCCCCUCUCUGUUGAUGUCACUGGUGCGUCACAUGACCACGUGUUCACGGGGGACGUCACACAGCCCUCCGAGUCACACCUCAGUAUUCAGAUGACCAGCCCCUUCACCUCUCUCAUGAAUGCUCUGAGCAAAGAGACAUAUUAUGCUUUAUAUUAUAAAUUUAACAGAUCUGGGCAUCUUCACAAGUAUUCAACAUCUUAUAACUUGUACGGAAAAUUCCCUCUUUGAGCAUGUGUUGCAAAUGACUGUCUUAAGACAUAACAUUGCAACAUUAUGAACUAUUAUCAUGAACCAGAAAUUGUAUUACCUAAUUCAAAAUUCAGAUUUUUGACCUUUUCACCUACAAUACAUCAUGCUUUCAUCUCAGCAUAAUAUGUCUCUUUUAACGUGGCAGUUUUUAUUUGGUGGUAGUAAUUCUAGAGUAGUGUCCAGACUCAAAGAUAGCAGUAACAAUCUAUUUCACUUAAUGAUCUGUAGAAUUUGAAGUUGUUAUUUUGGUUCAAAUGUCUAAGUAGAUUUUGCUCAUUUGUGAGGGGGUCAACAGGGGCUUCAAAAGGUUUCCAAGCACAUUCUGACAUACCGUGUGGAGAUUUAUCGAUGUACUGUAAAAGUGGACGAGUGGUAACUUAUAAAUACUGUAUUUUUCAUGUUCACCUUCAACGCGCCAUGAGCCUCGCUACUCACUCAUAACACCCAGGGACUUUACAUGAAAACUAUUCUCUUUGUAUUUGUGUGUUUACAAUAUUAGCUAAAUCAGUAAAGUGAUACUGUGUAACUUGUCUGGUGGAGGGUGGACUGCCGGGUUGCCUUCAUGGAGAUGUUAUCUAUCUGCAAGGAAAAAAAAGAUAAACAUUUAUUCCUUCUGAAAACUGCUUGUUAUAGAGUUGUUAAGUGUGGCUUCCCAGGCGAGUCCAAUGCCUACACAUACGUCUCUUGUUUGAUGAAUAAGGAACAAAAACAAAGCUUUGUGGAGCUUGGAGUGACAUCAUCACUUAACAAUACCAUAAAGAGAGACAGAUUAAGUUUAAUGCCAUGCUGUGGAACAUUCCAGGCAACGCAGCAAUAUCUCCAUGGAGAUGGUGGUAAACCCUCCCCCAGAAUAGUUACGCAGUGCAACUUUAAUACAUUUGCAAGAUGUGCCAAGUCUGUUAAAGGGAAAGAUGACUGAAGGGGAUAUCUGUUUUUGAAGGAGAAAUCUUGAGUAUUUUUCUAAAUUAUUUUACUUACCGAACAUCUAUUUUAAAUACUACGUAGCCUUAUUUUAGGCUUCAAAUACACUGAAAAAAAAAAAAAAAAAAAAAAAAUCUCCUGAGUUUCGUGCCACCAUUUGGAUAUGACAUUAGAUAGCCACCAAAUAGGUAACUUACAGGCACUAAUUAAUAGAUAAGUUGGAUUUGACAUAAGACUGGACAAAACUGGUAGAAUCCCACUUCAUGGUGCUGUCGUGUCAAAAGCAAUACACUAUAUCACAUUAUCAUAGAAUCCAGGGGCCAUAAGAGUCAGAUAGGGUGCUACAAUUGGAAUCUGGGCUGCAAUCUGACAUGUCUGCUUCAGAGGCAGGAGGAAACUACUAUUUUUCUUCUUCAGGAUCACUACCCCACACUGCAGAAACUGGAAAUCUACAUGAGUUAAACUUACUUGAAUUCAUAAUGCUUAU